AAUCUAUCAUCCAAGUUGCUCAUGAGUAAGCUGGAGUUAUCCAUCCAUACUGGUUCACAUUCAUGAUUUCAAGCAAAGCUUGUGCCAAAGAACUUCCCAGUGUCCCAUUCAUCAGAUCUCCAACUCUGCCAUUCUUAGUGCAGGAGGGGACAAUAUUAUGGCAAGUGGCAAUACGAGGGUUGAAUGAAAAGUAAUGCCUCCACCUUCGUAACUCCUCAACAGAUGGCAGUCCUGGUCUGCAGCAGGUCCUGGCAUGUUCAGUAGACUCUCCUCUACAGUUCCCUUUGGCGUGAAGCCUUAGCAUUGAACGGUUGUGUUGUAACUACAAAAAUAAUGUCGUUGCAUAGCUAAUCUAGUGUCCUGUUUUGUCUUUCAAGAACAGCCUUAUGACACUGUAGUAAGUAAAUGAAAACUGUUUACUUCAGCAAAACAAAGUACAGUACACUCAGUGAAAUAAUACAAAAGAAAGCCAGGAAGUCUUACUUCAGACAAAUAAACAGGCAUAAAUCCAGAUGCAGACUUGGAGCAGGCACACAGAGAAUGAAGGCAUUAGAGUGAGUUUGUUACCAGCAAGAGCUGUCUGCACCUGCUUCUGCUUUUAUAGCCCUGGGUCCCCACAUAGCUGCUAGGGCAGUUCCUAAUUACUCAGCUGCAUUUCUGGCAGCUAAUCUAACUGAACAAUGUCUCUGCUCUGUUUCCUUUCGCCUCUCCUGGAAUGAGGGUACUAACAAAGUCUCCUCCUCAGACUCCAACUCACACUCAGAUUCAUGAGCACUUUCCUGCACCCCUUCCUCUUCCUCUGAAGAAGAAGAAUCCCUGACAUCUAGAAUACUACCCUUUUGUUUUGUGUUACAUUGUUGUACAAAAAACAUGGUUGGGAAUUGUAAUGAUAGAAUCAAAGAGUUGGUGGGAACCCAAAGGUCAUCUAUUGUCAACCCAUGGUCAAAAUGGAGACACGGGUGGACCACAGAUCCCUUGAAGAUUCUCAUUCCUGGUUUUAACAUAUCUCUCACACGUGGCAUUGCUGUGAUGUGUGUCCAUCGACUACAAUGGAAAGUACAACCAAAGCAUCACAAAGGCAAAUAACAGCUGGACCUCCAUAUCCACAGAUUCUGCAUCCACAAAUUCCACCUCCCAGGGCUUGAAAAUAUCCCCCACCUCAAAAAAAGAGCCCUUUGAUUUUGUCAUUUUAUCUAAUAGACAGUUUUACUACAUCGUUGCAUAUAAAGAGACUUGAUCAUCGAUGGAAUUUGGUAUCCACAGAGGGCCUUGGAACCAAACCCCAGCGGAUAUAGAAGACCCCUGUUUAUGAAAUCCCCAUACACCAAUUAUCAUAAUUAAUUGUAUAGAUUUGGGGACCUUGGUGGACAAGAAAGUGGUAAAAUAAAUUAACAAAUAGGUCAAUGAUGACCUGACUGGGGAUGAUGGGUCUUCUAGUUCAACACAUUUGAAGGGCAGCUAGUUAGGACGAGUUGUUUUCAGUGUGGCGACAAUUGGGUGUCUUUCAAAAGGUCUGCCCAGCCAAAAUAUGUUAUUUAUUGAGAUCUUAAAUUUGCACCCCACUUAGGGACUGGACUCUUCGGAACAACCUCCAAGCAUUUUGCCAAUGCAAGAAGCACCUUAAGCAUUUUAAUUGGCCCGCCAUUGGCACUGAUGAUGGCUCCCAGGAAUUGAGAUGUUACAGCAGUGGUCCUCAACCUGUGGGUCUCCAGAUGUUUUGGCCAUCAACUCCCAAUAUACUGGCUAGGAUUUCUGGGAGUUGUAGGCCAAAACACCUGGGGACCCACAGGUUGAGAACCACUGUGUUACACCUUGGAUUGCUCCUCCAUUCAGUGGUUCCCAACCAUUGCUCUUUGAGAUGUUCUGGACUCCAGCUACUAAAAUUCCUGAUUGUGGUCCAAAUGGGUUGGAGCUUCAGGGAGUUGAGGUCCCAAACCUUUGGAAGACCAACGGAUGGGUCCGAUUGUUCUGUGCGUUGAACCGAAACAUGUAUUUGCCUUUGAUUGUGGGAGAGGCCUUCUCCCAGUAUGGUGCCCAACUUUCAGUCAUGAGAGCCAUCUAUGCCAUUGAUACCUGUUUUUCAUAAUUCAGACCUUGCUUGGGCAACAAGUUCAUCCAAGAAGGGAUUCUGUGGAUCACUUGGAGCUUAACCUAUGACCAUCUUUUGUCAUUGGCUUCCUUAUUGAGUAAAUCCACUGGUCAUUGUGACAUCAAUAACUGCCACCCAACUUGACCACAACUGACACCUCCUGGCAUUCUGUGGCUCGGCCCAGCAGAGUCAAGAGUCUUUCUUCAAUUGCCUUGAGCUUCUCCUUCCACGAAUAUUGAGCUUCUCCUUCCAGACUCAUUGCCUUUUGGUUUGUGGGUGGGUUUGGCAUCAUAACAGUGAGGCAUUAGGGCAAAACCCAACCACAACUCACCUUAAUACAGUGAAGCAUUCCCAGCAGGAGUGCCGUUCCACAAAAUGAAUCUCGAAACCUCUAAAUGUGGACUGACUGAAAAGACAUCCAGUUCUUUGUCUGUACCUCAGCAUGCAGAUUCGCCCACCUCCCAAUCCUCUCAGGCCUCGCUCAGCUCCGGCCCCUCCGAGACAGAACUGAAGAAUGCUUUGGGUUUCAUGCACAAAUUUCUCCACAAUCAGGACGUAUCCGAGAAGGACAAGUUCCUGGACUCUGUUGAUGUUGUUGCCACAACUUUGGACAGCGACCGGAAGGAGAGAUUUGUGGAGCAUCAUUGCAACCCAACCCUUCUGAGGGACACCCUUAAGUAUCUUCUGCCAGAAACAGCCUCUCCGUGUGCCCAGCAGCGGGAAUUGGCACUUUCCAGAAUCACCAGGGUGAUCUGCUGCAUCACAAGACACUGCGUGGCAAAGGGAAUGAAAGAUUUCAAGAUCGGAGAGGUGGCAGGGUACCUCACCCUUUGCUGCAGCGACUCCAAUGAGUGUGUCUGCCACUGGGCAGCCGAUGGGCUCCAUCGCUUGUACACCUUCAUCAUGCGGCAAAAAAGUGUGUCCAAAUCUGAGGAUAACCAGGCAUAUCGGGAAAUUCUCCAGGAAUGGGAGGAUGAGAAAAUCUUCUGGCUGGCCUGGUUCUCGGAUGACAGCUUCACCACCAUGAUAUUCAAAAAAUACCUGCGUCCCGAUGACCAGAUGGACUUCAUCCUGACCGCCAUCAAGGGCCUGAGGGACGACUCCACCUACAGCACCAAGGCAGCCCUCCAUAUGCUGAAAGCCAUGCUGAGGGACCCCAAGCCCAAUUUCACAAAGGUGCCCAGAGUUGUCAGGAGCUUGCAUGGCAACUUGGAGUUCAUCAGCCAUGCCCAGGCCAGGCAGGAACUCUUACGGUUUGUCUGCCUAUUGGCAAUCAGCCACUCGCAAGACGUGGCCAAGACACUCCUGAGCUGCUCCCUUGAUUGUGAUUGCUCUGCCGCUGCCAUGUGGCAAGCCCUGACCGCCUUCGCCGAACCUGCCCAAAAAGUGCUGGAGGUGAUUCAGUCAACUUUGCUGGAACGUCCUCUCCAAGUCACCAGUCCCGGGAUGAAGCCUUUUAUCAAUUCUCUGGCUGCGACGGCAGCUCUCAAUGAGAUUCUGAAACACCCGUCUCCCGCCUGCAAAGCGAUCCUGAGGUCUAUGUACGCCACCCUCUCGAUCUCCAUGGCCUGCCACAUCUCCUACACUGUCUUCCUUUCCACGCAAGAAAUCGACGCAUAUUGGAGGAUCUGCAUCCAGCACGAGAUCCCCACCCCUCCGGUCCCAUCCAGGUCUGCGGUGAGGGCAUUAGCAGCCCUGAUCAGGCGUGCCGGCAGCGGGGAAGAGGUCCUCAUCAUGAACAAGCGGAGAGGCGCAGAGCUUCUGUUGCAUGACUCGAGCCACCAGAGAGGAAUCAUGGUCUUUGCCAGAACGUUGCUCAGGAACCAAAGGAGUGAAGAGGUGAUCCCUCACCUGAUGACUAUUUUGGACACCAAAGAAGACAGACUACACUAUACCGUGAUGACUUUCUUGACAGUGCUCCUGGAGAGGGGCAAGCUCAAGGACGAGGCCCUAGAAGAAGUCACCCAGCAGCUGUGCAAACAGUUGAAGGCGCACCAGGUGGAGAUGAGAUCCCUGGCACUCAGCGGAAUGCUCCAAUUGACCGCCUAUCCUGAGAAGAUGACCAGCCUCAAGCGCGCCUUGCCCGACAUCCUCUCCAGGCUGAAGGAGGCAAACCGAGAAGUCAACGUGAAGGCGCUCAAGCUCCUGCCGCACGUCUUGAGAAGCCUUAAGAAUGAGGAGCUGAACGUCUUCACCGUGGAAGUAGCCGCCCGCGUGAUCCCCAUGUUCGAUGACGCGUCUAACAAGGUGAGGUUUGCUGCCAUCUCCACCUUCGGCGGCCUCUUUGAUCUCCACCAAAAGGGAGGCAAGGAUCAGUUCAGACAGUAUGUCCUGCAAAGCCUGGUGCCCUUGAUGGUACACCUCCAUGAUGAGAGCACCCCAGUCACCCAGGUGUGCUGGACUGCAUUGAGGAAAGCAGACCGGUUUCUGAAAUCCUUCAUCCAAAUAGCCCUUCAUGAUAAUGAUGUCCAGAGUUUCUGUACCAACCUGGUGAAGCGCUACAGAGAGCAAGCGGAAAGCAUCCUGGUGGAGCAGGCCUUCUCUUACCUGGACAACCCCCGGCACACCCUGAGGGAAGGAGCCGUCAAGAUCUUAGAAAUCAUUGCUCAGGACACAAGUCGUAAGGAAACCGUAACUGCCAUUGCAACAGUCCUGAACCUUGUGAGUAUGGAAGCCAAGGCCUCCGACAUCUACUUGGCAGCGUCAGAGGUGAUGGAGGUUGUGGUACACGACUCUGAGGAAAACAUCUUUGAGAGAUUCGUCAACACAAUCAGAACUAUCUGGAGAGGAUAGGUGUUACGGGAUGCCGGUUGUCCUUGCCACUUGCCGUGGCUCCUCAUGCUCCACAACAAGGCCUGGUCUGGAUCGUGGUUCUGAGUCUGAACCAUUUGGUCCAGUUGGACGUCUUCAACCAGUUCAACAUCCAUGGAUAAUUCUUCCCCUGUUCCUUUUUAUAUGUGUAUUAUGUAUUAUAUUGCCCUUGUGGUCGAGGCUCUCUAAACGCACUUGGUAACCCUCCAAGUGUUUUUGACUACAACUCCCAUCACCCCUUGCCAUUGAUUGUGAUGGGAGUUGUAGGCCAAAAAAUCCGUGAAGAAAAUUGAGGCUCCUAUAAAUGCAAUAAUAAAUGGAAUCUUUGUGAAAAUGCUAGUUUCACACCCCAAUCCUUCUAUUUUAGUGAUGUGUAUGUUGUUUGUAAUAUUUAUAUCCCACUGACCUAUUGUCCUGGCAUUUC